AUCGCUGAGCAUUAUUGUGUGGGAGAUCGGACUCGAGUGUUCUUCUCACAUCGGCGGCACGUGCACGAAACUAUUGUACUCCAAACGGUGGUAAACACGUUCGCAUAGUGUGUUCGGCGGUUUUGCGGCUCGUCCUCACCUCACCAACCUUUCAUCCUACAGUCCAGUUCGAUCGGCUAAUUCUCGCACAAAGCGAACAUGGCCCCACCAGGUGUAAGCAGCUCCUCAGAAGGCAACGGCCCCAAGCACCAAAUGAACGGGACAUCGGAAAAGAAAAUCGUCGUCUUGGACGGCGGUUUUGCCACCCAGUUGAGUUGCCACGUGGACAAACCGAUCGACGGAGAUAUCUUGUGGAGCUCCAGGUUCCUAGCGACUGAUAAAGAAGCUGUGAUAAAUUCCCAUCUUGAUUUUCUCAGGGCCGGAGCUGAUAUUAUCAUGACCAACACGUACCAAGCAGACGUUAAUUUGUACGCCCAACACUUAGACAUGACCAGAGAACAAGGUUACAACCUUAUUAAGGAAUCGGUGGAGCUAGCCAAAACUGCCAUCAAGAGAUACGCCGAAGAGUUUCCGUUUUCCAGACAGCCCUUGAUCGUUGGAUCGGUGGGUCCGUACGGUGCUUCGCUGCACGAUGGCUCGGAAUAUUCCGGCUCUUAUGCGAAAACAACGCCUCUAGAAGUAAUGAGAGAGUGGCACUUACCCAGGAUAACCGCCCUAGUUGAAGGGGGUGUAGAUAUUUUGGGCCUGGAGACGAUACCGUGCAAAGCUGAGGCAUUAAUGCUGGUGGAGUUAUUGAAGGAAAAGUUUCCGGGGGUUAAAGCUUGGUUGUCGUUUAGUAUCAGUUCAGAUGGAAAGACGAUAGCAAACGGGGAUAAUUUCCAGGAAACCGCAAAGUUGUGUUAUGACACGAAUCCUAGUCAGUUGGUGGCGGUUGGAGUGAACUGUUUGGCUCCCAGAUUUGUGGAAAACUUAAUAUCUGGUAUAAAUAAGGAUAGAAAAAAGAAUCCCAUUCCCCUUAUUGUUUAUCCCAACAGCGGUGAGAAUUACAACGUGGAAUUGGGUUGGAUUAACAGGGACAAAUGCGAGCCGGUUGAAACGUAUGUGAGCAGGUGGCUGGACUUGGGUGUUACCUGGAUAGGGGGUUGUUGUAGGACCUACGCGAUAGACGUCAGCAGGAUAUGUAGGGAAGUGGAGAAGUGGAGGAGGAAUGAACAGGAAAAGCAACAUCCAUCAUCAUGAUCCGUUCAGACUGAACUACACAGAGCAUACAAUGUUAUAGUUAUUUACAAAAUGAUGUAAAAAUUAUGUAUGUGAAUCUAUAUUUUUCUAAAUUUAAUUGAGCUACUUCUAAUUGUAUCAAGUACAAAUAUUUUAUAUGAUCUUAUGUAAUUAUGUUUAUUAAACAUAUGUAUGUAUAUGGGAAUGAAAGAUCUCUUUUGUGAAUAAACGUAAGUUAUAAAUUC